CUCCUCCAACGUGUAACAGAUUGGAGUAUUCAAAACCUGAGAGAAGUGCCUGUUUUCAACUUUUUACACAUACUGAGUAUUAGUUCUUUGGAGAGCACAAGACUACUGCUUUGAAUUCUAACAACAACAAAAAAACGGCUGUAGACCAACCUGUCUAAUUGACAAAUAUAUUAUAGGCUACAGAACACAUUUUCAUGGUGCUCUCUUUAUUUGCUCCUACUGGAGUAAGGAAAAGGUGUUCGUAACCAGUGCUGGAUGUCACCUCCAGUUCCAAUGGAUUAUAACCAGGCCAUGGCUCCUCCAGUGCCGCCGCACAAACCCAAAACGACCCGGCCACUCGAGGCUCAGGAGCGGGUGUUGAAGUGCGUACUGCUCGGCGAUGGAGCGGUUGGGAAGACCAGCCUAGUUGUCAGCUACACAACGAAUGGCUAUCCAACGAAGUACGUCCCCACUGCGUUUGAUGACUUUUCAGCGGUGGUGCAGGUGGAUGGACACCCUGUGAGGCUACAGCUCUGUGACACUGCUGGACAGGAUGAAUUCGAUAAGCUCCGUCACUUCUGCUACUCGCGCACCGACGCCCUCCUCCUCUGCUUCAGCGUGGUCAGCCCUGCCUCCUUCCAGAACGUCUGGGAGAAGUGGGUCCCAGAGAUCCGCCGGCGCUGCCCGCUCACGCCCAUGCUGCUGGUGGGAACCCAGUGUGACCUGCGCGAGGACGUCAAGGUACUGAUCGAGCUGGCCCGGCGGAGGGAGAGGCCCGUGGUCGAGGUGGACGCCCGCGCCCUGGCGGACAAAGUGGGCGCCGUGGCAUACGUGGAGUGCUCAGCGCUCACCCAGAAGAACCUGAAGGAGGUGUUUGACGCGGCCAUCGCCGUGGGGAUGAAGCACGCCGAUAGGAGGGCGCGGCGGGAGAGGAAGGUGCGCAGCACGGCCGAUAAGAUGAAGACACUGUCCAAGUCGUGGUGGAAGAAGUACGUCUGUAUCCAGUAGAGAGAGAAAGAGGAGAGGGAUAUCGACUAGGACUAUGAAACUGGGACUGGAAACGUGUUCAGAUGAGCCUAUGUUGUUCAUAUAGAUUGAAGGACUUCUGUCUUAGCUCCUCUCAGAUGACCCCACGUUUUCAAAAUUAGGGUUGCAAAAUACCGGGAACUUUCAUUAAAUCCCCUGGUUUUCCCGAAAUCCCAUUUGGAGGAUUCCUGAAAUCAGAAGGGAAUAAGCAGGGAAUCCAAAAUCUUCCAAUUAGGAUUUCUGGAAAACCAAGGAAUUUAUUAAAAGUUCAGGGAAUUCUGCAACCCUAGUCAAAAUGAAUGGAGUGAGGGGAUGGACUGGGGAGUGAGAGUGUCUCAAGUUGGAGGAGAUCCACUGAUUGGUUGAUUGCAAAGAGACUGACAGGACUGUGCUCCAACCACUCCCUGUCUGCUUGAGCUGGUCUGAACUCUAACCUUUGAGCAGAGUGCUAUCACAGAAGAUCAAGGAGUAAAACCAUCAACAUGAUUGACAAUGCAAUGGAGCAAAGAGCGAGUUGAACUCGGAGCAAUAAGGACUUUUAUAUGAACUGAUGGGUGGGGAGAGGAAAAGAAUGGGAUGUACUCUUAUACGCCACCCUUGAAAAAACGAUUUAAAUACUAUAUCAUGAUGUGCUGCAUAAAGUAGGUAUCCCCCCCAUCAUCAUACCUGAUAUACGUUCACGUCCAUCUUUUAUGCGAUCCACAUGACUCUGUAAUCAAACAGCCGAUAGAUCUCAUUGGUAGAGCUAGACGGAAACAAACUGAGGGACUAACAUGGCAUUCCACUCAAACUCAAACCAAAUGGCACUACGAUACGAAUACAGCUACAAUACAUUCAUAUCUACAAUCGUACCAAUUGCAUUUACAGACAAGACUUUAGGGGUAUUGAUAAGGGACUUUUCCACCGAUUCCACCUGGCCCUAGUCAUCACUGUCAGCAGCAUGACCUGGCCCCAGGGUCCUCUGGUGGUGGUCACUCUGUCAUUGCCAGUAAAAAGCCAGGGGGUGGAGGGUUAAGCCUGGUGUGUCUGCGUGUGUUUAGGGGGUGCAUAUUUAUGUGUGUUUAACCACAUGACCGUCUGAGGUCCCUAGCCCAGGUUGUGUCUGUCUGCUGCACUACAUUGUAAGUGUCUGUUGAUACAGCUGCUGCCACUGUCAGUAGACCACACGGUGAGGGACUGGGCUCCCCAGACAGAAAAGAGCUCCUCAUCAAUACACAUUAAUGGUCAGACCUUAAAGAGCGCUCUCAACAAUACACCCCCCCAUUGAUCUCCACUCAACCUACUUUAACUGGCGAACUCGGCGGUUUCCAUCCAAUAGCCACUCCUCAACUGACGGGAGUCUGUAAGCCGUUGAGAGCGUUGUCUCACUCUGCCGGAGUGAGGAGAUUAGAUUGAGGAACACAAGGUCAUCGAGUGGUGCCACUGUAAAUGGCACUUAUCACGCUUAACCCAAAUACUUUGUUGGAGUCGUGCCAAUGAUGCCAUGCAAUGGCCUUUGGACUGCACAGGCUCUGAUGCCUCACUUUGUCAUUUGAAACGUUUGAUCUUCACCCUUCCGUGAGAGUCGCAAGGUUUUCACUCCGCUGUUGAUCACUACAUUUUUGUAAUUACAGAACUAUAUUAAGUUCACUGGCGCUCGUUCUCCUCUCCAGCAACCUCAUGAUAAACGGAGCGAAUCGCCAACGAAACCAAUUGUAUUUGCUUCUUAUUUUUCAGAAGCCUGUCUGUAUGCUCUCUGUGUGUAUCCCUUUAUUUGGGGCAUCAACUAUAAAAUGCACAGCCACUGAUCAACCCUACAAGCAAAUGUAUGAGAAAUUAAAUGUAUAUUUUGUCUAACAAUGUUGGGUUUUUUGCAAGGUAAUUUUGUGUACAUUUUGUUCUGUUUCCAUCACAAACUAUCCCUAAACACCCUAAAUGGUGCCGAAUGAGACAGAAGUGUUUCACUUGCGGUCUGAUACUGUCAAGGACUGUUUAUAAAAGCAACAGAGAUCUAAAUAAAUGUGAAAUCUUAACAAAAAA